GGCAUUCCGGUGUAGACAGCAGACCAGAGAGCAAGCACACGCAGUUCCGCGAUUACGCAGCACACCCACAAUUACUCAGUUCAGUCCGUCAAUAUGUUCGAUUUCAAUUUGGAAUUUGCGCGUGGAGGUGCCCGUUUCACCAGCGAACUUUUUCAGCUUUUGAGCGCUGGCGGGCUCAAGGAGAACGUCGUCUUCUCGCCCUUCUCCAUCCAAACUUGCAUUGCCCUGGCCUUUGCCGGAUCGCAGGGUGAAACCGCCGACGAGAUCGCCAAGGCACUGCACUUCGUCUCCAACUUUCCGCCGGAGGUGGCCCAAACGUUCCAGUUUGUGCUGGAGAAGUACCGCAACAGUAACCUGCUGCGCGUUGCCAACAAGCUGUACGUGCAGGAGGGCAAGCAGCUGAAGCCCGCCUACCAGUCGGCCAUCAAGGAGCAGUAUCAUUCGGAGGCGGAGUCCAUUAACUUUGCGCUCAACGAUGCCGCCGCCCAGGCCAUCAAUGCCUGGGUGAAUGCCAAGACUCAGGGCAAGAUUACGGAGCUGGUCAGCGCGGACUCGUUCUCGGACAACACCAGGCUGGUCCUGCUCAAUGCCCUCCACUUCAAGGGCAGCUGGGCGCACAAGUUCAGCGAGGAGCGCACCGAGGAGGAUAUCUUCUGGGUGGGCGAGGAGGAGCAGGUUAAAAUCAACUACAUGAACCAGAAGGCCAAGUUCAACUAUGGCUUCUUCGAAGAUCUGGGCUGCACUGCCCUGGAGAUGCCCUACCAGGACUCUGACCUCUCCAUGUUCGUGCUGCUGCCGCAGGAGCGGACAGGUAUUUACGCCCUAGCCGAGAAGCUCAAGACUGUGAACCUGGUGGAUUUGGCCGACAAGUUGACCGUGGAAGAGGUCCAUGUCAAGUUCCCCAAGUUUAAGGUGGACUACUCCCUGGAAUUGGCCGAGAAACUGAAGCAGCUGGGCAUCACGAAAAUGUUUACGGACCAAGCUGAGUUUAGCAAUCUGCUGGAAUCCCCCGAGGGCGUCUUUGUGUCCAAGGUGCUGCACAAGGCCACCAUCGAGGUGAAUGAGGAGGGCACGGAGGCGGCGGCUGCCACCGGCAUGAUCAUGAUGACCCGCAUGAUGACCUUCCCGCUGCAGUUCCAGGCGGACCGGCCCUUCCUCUACGUCAUCUGGAAUAAGAAGAACAUCCUCUUCGCUGGCGCCUUCGUUAAGGCUGCCUAAAAGCCCAUUUCUCACUUCUUUCGUAUUGUUUGUAUUGUUGUUGGAAAAGUAUUUUUAAAUAAAUAAGCGCUCCAUGAUU